AUGGCUUCCACGUCUCCACCAUGGGAAGAGAGAGGACUCAUUCUUCAGAGAUGGAUCGAGGGUCGUCAAUCAGGUUGCCCAUACCCAAAGUCCGUCUUCACUCUUGCAUACAAGUCCCGAGACUACUUGAUCGUGGCAAAACAAGAAAAGCUAAAUGCAAAACUACUAGCCUUUCUUCAAAUUGGGAAUACUAACUCUACCUUUCACAAUGUCUCUGUCACACAACGUGAUGUAAGCGCACCAACCUGGUGGAUCGGACGCAUUGCACCAGGCAUGGUUAUUGUUGACGAUAUUUUCCGAUCCAAAAGAAGCGAUGACCCAUAUAUUUCCGAGUUCACCAAAGCAGUCUACCAGCUAGAAUUCCCUUUGAACAGCCUCAAAUCGGUGGUUGUGGCUAACAUCAAUGAGAAAGACACCGUUCACUGUGCCCGGCAUAAGGUGUACAAGUCACAAGGACUGCAGUACCCAUCUCGCACACAGCACAUUUGGAACUCUAGCUCGCAUGAGUUUCAGGCUCUGUUGGGCACUGGAAUUGGCAAAGUCGUUGGGGCCUUUGUUCUGUGUGCUUGGGGUCAAGGCAGAAAGCGUAUUUCCAGGAUUGUGACUUUCAACAUUGAUUCCGAUGUUCACAAGUUACACAUGCGUUUUGACCUAGAGGAUAUGUAA